GUGGAGGCAGCCGCGGGUCGCGCGGACCCCGUCCGGGCCUCGGUGCCGUGGUCGGGCCGCUUCGGCCGCGCAGAGGCCCCGCUAGACAUCAACACACACGGUCGAGACCGCCGUUGCCAGAGCCCUGCUCUCUCUCUCUCACUCGCAUCUACGGGGGUUUGUGUUUCGCGCGCGCCUCAAGACGAGUCCGGUUGCAGCCCGGCCAGUAUUUUGAUAGGGACCGCUGAAUUCCUGAGUAUUUGUGCAGGGCAAGAGCUGUCAAGGCUCGCCCGGCCGGGAAGAUUGAUAGCGAGGGGCUCCGGAAAGACCAGUCCUGCGACUGCAACAAUACGCGCUCUCUCACACACACAACACCACACCCCACGUGCGCGCACACAGGCGCACACAGCGCCGACACAUGCACACACACACAACACCACACCGCAUCCUAACAUCCUGACCUUCGUAGAACGUGCGGAGCACACCGCGGUGUGCGUGCGUGCGUUGUGAUCGCGAAUAAAGGCGCCCGCAGGCGCCCUCAUUGAAAAGUCGUUGCCCCAGAGCGAGGCGGCCUCGCCGCACGUUUUAUUUGUGUGACCCCGGGGUGAACCUGGCCCACGACACGGGGGCAGCUUUGAGACUGCAUGUGGCGCGUUUAUGAGUAAAACAGGAGCAGGGCCGCUCCUCCUUCUCCUCCUCCUCCCUCCUCCUCCUCAUGACCUCCUCACGCACGUGUCGCGUUCCUCGGCUGCGCACACUGCGCGCCGAACGAAGACGGCGGCCGUGGAAUGAUGAGAGAAAGUGCUCCGUCAAGGCAGCGAUGAACUACGAGUUUGAGCGGGAAACUGGGUUCAUCAACAGCCAGCCCUCGCUCGCCGAGUGCCUGACAGCCUUUCCCCCUGUCGCCGCCGAGACAUUUCAAAGUUCAUCAAUCAAGAGCUCGACGCUUUCACCCCCGACGACACUCAGUCCUCCUCCUCCUUUCGAGUCCAUCAUCCCGGCUCUGCUGCAGCACGGCACUCGGCCAGCGAGCCGGGCGCGGCCGGCUCCCUCCGGCCGUCUCCCGUCGCCCGCUCAGCCUCCCGAGUACCCGUGGAUGAGGGAGAAAAAAUCGUCCAAGAAACAACAACAACAGCAGCAGCAGCAACAGCAGCAGCAUCAGCAGCAGCAGCAUCUACAGCCCGCGCUUCCAGUGCCAUCGUCGGUGGCCGGGCCCGUCUCGCCGACAGAUGACUCCUUAGACGAGGACGGUGCGAACGGUGGCUCCAAGCGGCUACGCACCGCGUACACCAACACGCAGCUGCUCGAGCUGGAGAAGGAGUUCCACUUCAACAAGUAUCUCUGCCGGCCGCGGCGCGUCGAGAUCGCCGCGCUGCUGGACCUCACCGAGCGCCAGGUCAAAGUUUGGUUCCAGAACCGGCGCAUGAAGCACAAGCGGCAGACUCAGUACAAGGAGAACCAGGACAGCUCGGACGAAGCCUUCAAAAAUAACAAUGGGAAUUCUGAUCCCAGCGUGGAGCCCAAUUCCAACUCGUCCGUCGCCCAAUCCUUAAUCAGCAAUGUGCCCGGCGCUCUGCUCCAAGAAAGGGAAGUCUACGACGUUCAAUCAAACGUGCCAAUCCAUCAAUCGGGCCACAACUUAAACAACGGCGGCGGCGCGCCGAGGAAUUUCAGCCUCUCCCCCGCGUCGAGCAGCGAUGAGAGCCCCGGGCCGGACGACGGAGCCGGACUGCCGCAGCCGCAGCAGCAGCGAGCAGCGGCCAGCAGCCCCGAGACGAGCAGCCCCGACAGUCUGAGCAUGCCUUCCCUGGAGGACCUCGUCUUCCCGGGCGACUCCUGUUUACAGCUCACGGCCACCAGUAUGCCCGCCUUACCGGACGGCUUAGAGAGCACGCUGGACCUUUCCACGGACAAUUUUGACUUUCUCGAAGAGACUCUGAACUCCAUAGAGCUGCAGAAUCUGCCCUGCUGAGAGUGGAGGUGCGUUUCGGGGGGGGGGGCUGGGGGGGUGGAUGGGUGGAAUUGGGGGGCACCAGCAAACUGCAGCAGCGGCAGGAGGAGGCACAGAGCACUUGGGCGAUGCUGUUCCCGUCGCGCAGUUCACUUCGCGUCUCGUUUUUGUCAGAGUUCGUCCGCGCGGCCCGCGGAGUUUGUUGCCACCGGCGGGGCGGACGAGGUGAGAAUCUUAAAUAUUAAAAAAACACGAAAAAACUUUCAUUGGGGCGAGGGACGGUGAUCGCUGCCCGAUGGAAGCGAACGGGUGUGAACGACGCUGACGACGUGUUUUUUGUCUUUGUUUUUUUUAAUUACCGCGGCUCUUUUAUUGUCAUUUUUCUUGGUUUGUUUGUUUAAUUUUGAACAGUUUUAAUAGUUUACAAACGGAGAGUACAAGUUGGACACGGGCAAAAUACGUUACGGGCACAGCUCUCGUUCUAUUCACGUACCCCCCCCCCCCCUCCCCAGCUGGGAUGGAUAAGUGGACAUGUUACAAAGCAUUUAUAGUUGUUGUAUAAAAGUAGUUUACGCAUUAUGUUAUAUGUAUCUUUUUGAAAAUAUUCAAUAAGUAUAUAGGCCUGUAGGCGCAAUAGAUUUCGACUUAUGAUUAGCAACUUUUUUUUAUUUCGGUCACAAAAACUAGUUUCAUGCGUUUCUCUUUAAAAUAAUAAUACAUAAUGUUGUUUCAUCGCUCUACAACCACGCAUUUGCCCACGUGUCGUUAAUUAAUCGUUUUAAUUUAAUGAAUGUCGCUUUGGGUUAUUUUUUUUGUGUUGGGUUCGGCGAGAUCCUUCCCAAUUUUCACCCGCGGGGAGACAGCCUCCUCCUCCUCCUCGUUGGAGGAGCGGAGAAAGAGAGGCAGAGAGAGGAGAGAGCGCGCGCGCGAGGAGAGCCGCUUUCUCGCUUAUCAGCGCGACCAUCUCAAGAGCGGGGUCAGCCCCUCGACUCCUCUAUCGCCGCGACAGUGUUACCACACACACCUAGAACCACAUCGAGCCCCCUACCGGGGAGAGGGGGGGGCAGAAGAGGGGGGGUGAAUAGGGUGCGGGGGUGGUGGGGGGGAAACGAAUGUGCAUUGUAUUUCCGUAAAUUAUUUUAAUAGAUUACAAAUCAAAGGACACCAUAUUCAAAUAAAAAAAAGACUAAAGUUG